UAGAGGACCAGGGAGGAGCCACCAAAGGCAGCGCAGAGCCACUGUAUCAUGGACGUUCACGACUGCAAGAACGAAGAAUUGCUAACUACUUCUCAAUGUCUCUCUUCUCAAAGAAAUACAUUUAAUAUCAACUUCAUUUUCUGAAGAUUUUUUCCCAAAGAGACAACAAGGACUUUGAGCGAGGCAUAACGUGGCGAAGCUUCCUAACCCUCCUCUGUAGAGACCGCCCAGCCCCUGAAGAUCAACCCCCCACCCCGUAGCGGCCGCUGAGUGUCUUUCACUGCCCCUCCGUGACACCACGUCCCUCCCGCCCCUGCCGCCCUCCCCACCUGACUGGCCAGGAGCAGCUGCAGCGUGUUCAGAACCUCCCAGCCACUGUCCACCCGGGCGGAGACCCCAGCCCCGAGUGGCUGGAUGGGCUUCCCUGUCCUGUGGAAGGGGAGACACACAGGACCUGUGAAGUGAGCUCUCGGGUCCUGGAAGCCUCUCGGGGAGGAUCUGGCAGGUUUCAGUGUUGCAGCAAUGGACACUCGCUCCGGGAGCCAGUGUUCCGUCACCCCAGAAGCCAUACUCAACAAUGAAAAGCUGGUCUUGCCACCCCGCAUCUCCAGAGUGAACGGCUGGUCGUUACCCCUGCACUACUUCCAGGUGGUGACCUGGGCUGUCUUCGUGGGCCUUUCCUUGGCCACCUUCGGGAUCUUCAUUCCCCUCCUGCCUCACUCGUGGAAAUACAUCGCCUACGUGGUGACCGGGGGGAUCUUCUCCUUCCACCUCGUCGUCCACCUGAUUGCCUCCUGCAUCGACCCGGGUGACUCCAAUGUCAGACUCAUGAAGAACUAUUCUCAGCCCAUGCCCUUCUUCGACAGAUCAAAACAUGCACAUGUGAUCCAGAAUCAGUUCUGCCACCUGUGCAAGGUCACCGUGAACAAGAAAACCAAACACUGCAUUUCCUGCAAUAAGUGUGUGUCUGGCUUCGACCACCACUGCAAAUGGAUCAACAACUGCGUGGGAAGCCGGAAUUACUGGUUCUUCUUCAGCACUGUGGCCUCGGCCACAGCUGGCAUGCUCUGCCUGAUUGCCAUCCUGCUGUACGUCCUCGUCCAGUACCUUGUGAACCCCAGGGUGCUCCGCACGGACCCCAAGUAUGAAGAUGUCAAGAAUAUGAACACGUGGCUGCUGUUCCUCCCCCUGUUCCCGGUGCAGGUGCAGACCCUGAUAGUCGUGAUCAUCGGGAUGCUCGUGCUCCUGCUGGACUUUCUUGGCUUGGUGCACCUGGGCCAGCUGCUCAUCUUCCACAUCUACCUGAAGGCCAAGAAGAUGACCACCUUUGAGUAUCUCAUUAAUACCCGCAAAGAAGAGAGUUCAAAACAUCCAGCAGUGAGGAAAGAUCCAUACGUGCAAAUGGACAAAGGAUUUCUCCAGCAAGGAGAUGGCGCCCUGGGCUCAUCUGCACAGGGAGUCAAGGCCAAGAGCUCCCUGCUGAUUCACAAGCACUUAUGUCACUUCUGCACUUCAGUAAACCAGGAUGGGGAUUUGACGGCACGGGAAGCGGAUGAAGACCCGUAUCCAUCUGCACUUGGAGCCAAGGCCAGGAACUCCCUGCUGAUUUGCAGGCGCCUGUGUCAGUUCUCCACUCGUGUACACCCAGACGGGGGCUCGAUGGCACAGGAAGCAGAUGAUGCCCCGAGUACAUCUACACUUGGGCUGCAACAAUAAACAACAGAGCCCAUGAAAACCGACAGUGCUGAAAGUGAAGACUGAGAUUCAGGAGCUGAGCUGCCCCUGUGAUCCAGGUCUUCCACCCUGAAACCCCACCCUCCAUCAAGGUCCUGCCUGUAGAGUGUACCUUGCAAAGCCUCCUGCUCCUACCCAUGCUACAGGCCAGGAACCAGAGCCCAUCAUCUCAGAGGCCCCUGGAUGUCCUUCGAAGGAACCAGGACCCUCAGAGCCCAGCAUCCAUCUCUGUCAUCAUCUUCAUCACACCCAAAGAAGAGCCAGCCUUGCAGGAGGAUUUACAUCUCUGGGAUGAUGGGCUGCCAGCAACUGCAGAGGAUGCAGCCACCUGCUUAACUGUGCUGUCCAGCCAGCCAGCCAGCCAGCCAGCUGCAGGGCCUCUUGCUGCUUAAGAAGAGCUGAUGGGCCGGGCAUGUUGGCUCACACCUGUGAGCACAGUACUGAGAAAUGGGAGCACAGUACUGGGAAUUGGGAGCACAGUAUUGGGAAUUGGGAGCACAGUACUGGGAAAUGGAAGCACAGUACUGGGAAAUGGGGGCUCACAGCACUGCAAAAUGGGAGCACAGUACUGGGAAGUGGGAGCACAGUACUGAGAAGUGGGAGCACAGUACUGGGAAAUGGGAGUACAGGACUGAGAAAUGGGAGCACAGUACUGUGAAAUGGGAGCACAGUACUGUGAAAUGGGCAUACAGUACUGAGAAAUGGGAGCACACAGUACUGGGAAAUGGGAGCAUAGUACUGGGAAAUGGGAGCCCACAGUACUGGGAAACGGGAGCUCACAGUACUGGGAAAUGGGAGCACACAGUACUGGGAAAUGGCAGCAUAGUACUGGGAAAUGGGAGCACAGUACUGGGAAAUAGGAGCAUAGUACUGGGAAACCCCAGACCUGGAUUCUCAGUUUUUCAGCCUAGCCCAGACUUCUUAUCUUAGUAGACAAAAAGAGUCAAUACCAGAGAACCAGAAGCAUCCUCUGUAUUUUAAUGAACUCUGCAUUUUAGUCUGUUUAGUAGUCAUAUUUUAAAAGAUAAUCAGUUUUCCACAUAUAUCUAUAAGUUACUACAUGCAUUGGGCUGUUUUUGUGUUUCUGUAAAGAAAUACCUGAGGCUGGGUAACUUAUUUAAAAACAUAGGUUAAACUGGCUCACAGUUGUGCAGGCUGUAUAGGAAGCUUGGUGCUGGCAUCUGCUUGGCUUCUGGUGAGGCCUCAGGAAGCUUCCGUCAUGGCUGAAGGUGGGGUGAGAGCCAACACAUCAUGUAGUAAGAGCAGGAGCAAGAGAGAGUGGUGGGGUUGAGGGAGCACCAUACAUUUUUAAAUGACCAGAUUUCAAGUGAACUACCAGAGCAAGGACUCACUCAUCACCAAGGGGAUGGCACUAAAUUAUUUAUGAGGAACCUGCUCCCAUGAUUCAAACACCUCCCACCAGGCCCCACCUCCAACACUGGGGAUUACAUCUCAACAUGGGAUUUGGAGGGGACAAACCUCCAAGCUAUAUCAUUCCAUCCCUGGUCCCUCAAAUCUCAUGUCCAGGUCACCUUGCAACAUAUAAUCAUCCCUUCUCAAUAGUCUCUGAAAGUCUAAACUCAUUCCAGGAUCAACUCAAUCAAAAAUGCCAAGUCCAAAGUC